UCAAGACAAAAAGUAGAUCCUCAAGAUGGCAGCCAUGACCCGAUGACCUCUCUUUACCAAUCUUCAAACCUGUCCUUAUAAUGGCCUCGGGGGGAGGAAACAUUAGUGCCAUCAAAGAUGAGAAUAACAGUCUUAAAGAAGAAGAGAUUGAUCCAUGCCCAUUACAACAUGGAUAUAGGAUCAGUUUGUGGAGAUGCUUCUUAUUUUAUCCAUUAGCAAUACUCCCAGCUGGUAUUGGCCUACUGUUUGCUUACUGGUAUCCGCACGCAUGGCUCAGACUAACGUGUUACAAGUGUGAUUUGGAAAGAGCUCAAUUUGUAUUAGUGCAGGAUCUUGAUUUGAAAUGGAAAGUGGAAGUAGUUCGUAAAAUCUCUAGGAUUCCCUCCCAGUCUAAUUGCUCGACUCCUUCCUUGUCUCUCAAUGAAGAAAACGGGACAUUAAUAAAUGGAGAAGACAACGAGAGUGAACUCUCUCCUCUCCUUACGACUUCCUCUACCAUCACUCCAUAUAUAUUGCACCGUCACCUCCGGUACUUGUAUGAUAGAGUUGAAGAGAAAUACACUGUAUUGAGGGGGCUUGAGAGUGGUAUGACCUGUUGUGAGGCUUAUCGUCACGGUAAUGGUUUGAGUAGGUUAGAACACGAGAGAAGGUUGAGCAUGUAUGGGUCUAACAGCAUAGAAGUCCCUGUCAAGCCUUACCAUUCAUUGUUCAUUGAAGAGGUACUCCACCCUUUUUACAUAUUCCAGAUUCUUAGUGUUAUAUUUUGGAUGGCCGAUAGCUAUUUCUAUUAUGCUGGUGCUGUUUUAAUAAUAUUCAUUGUGUCAAUGUUAAUCAGUUUGAUUCAGACGAGGCGUCACAUGCAGCGACUCCACGAUAUGGUGAAGACUAGCGGGCGUGUCACCGUCGUACGAGACAAUCAGAGAUGUCAUGAUGUUUCAAGUGAGGAUCUUGUUCCAGGAGAUAUCAUGGUUGUUCCACCAGAAGGAAUGAGAUUAACUUGUGAUGCAGUUCUGCUAACUGGGAGUGCUAUAGUUAAUGAAGCUAUGCUUACCGGUGAAAGUGUUCCAGUCACAAAGACAGCUCUUCCGUCAGAUCCUAAACCAUACUCUCCAACUACGCACAAAAUGCACACCCUUUUUGCUGGUACUCAUGUAGUUCAGGCAAGGUACUACAGUGGACAGCUUAUAUUAGCACUGGUAGUAAGAACAGGGUUUCUCACGGCAAAGGGAGGUAUGGUACGAUCGAUACUCUAUCCGAAGCCUCUCAACAUCAAGUUUUACUGGGACUCAAUAAAGUUUAUAUUGCUAUUGUCAAUACUGGCUGGGAUUGGUUUUGUGUAUACUGUACUGGUACUGCAGCUUAGGAAACCAAGGUACGAAGUAUCUGAGACCAUAUUCCGAGCCUUUGACAUCAUCACUACAAUAGUACCUCCAUCUUUACCAGCUGCCAUCACCAUAGGAACAGUGUAUGCUGUCAAUAGACUCAAGAAAAACAAGAUAUACUGUAUCAGCCCACAGAGAGUUAAUUUGUGUGGUAAAGUGAAGCUGGUUUGUUUUGAUAAAACUGGUACACUCACAGAGGAGUCUUUAGACCUGCUAGGAGUGCAACCUGCCUCCAACUACAAGUUGCAGGAUUUACUUGAUGAUAUUCAUCAAGUCCCUCACUCCUCCCCCUUCCUUCAAGGUAUGGCUACAUGUCAUUCACUAACUCGUAUCAAUGGAGAACUGACUGGUGAUCCACUCGACCUGAAGAUGUUCCAAUCAACUAGAUGGUUUUUGGAAGAACCUGGUGAAGGCAUUGCUCGAUUUGACACGUUGAGGUUUCCGAUGGUACGUCCUCAUCAAACCACACCCACUAGCCCCACCUCUUCCUAUUCAUCUCUUGACUACGUUUCGACUGACAUUGAACUCGGAAUACUCAAACAAUUCACUUUUUCAUCAGAACUACAACGUAUGAGUGUAAUAGUUCGUAAAUUACCAUCGGAUAAUGCAAGGAACCUGAAGGUUUUCACUAAAGGAGCUCCGGAGAUGAUUAAGAAACUCUCCCAGCCUGAGAGUAUCCCCAAGGACUUUGAUAUGGUUCUUGGUUCCUUGACUAGUAAAGGAUACCGUGUACUAGCGAUGGCUUAUAGAGACAUUAGGAAAGACUUUCAUCAAGCAAUGAGACUGGAGAGGGAUGAUGUCGAAUGCGACCUAAACUUUUGUGGUCUGAUUGUGUUUGAGAAUCGACUCAAAGAGCAAACUCCGCCCACUUUAAUGAUGCUGAGAAACUCGGCCAUUAGGACCGUAAUGGUAACAGGUGAUAAUUUGCUGACUGCGAUCGCCGUAUCCAGGAACAGUGGUAUGGUUGCCAAGGAACAUCACGUUAUCGUGCUUAAAGCUACGCCCAUCAACAGUGAGAGGUCUCCUAGACUUCAGUAUCAACUUUUUGAAGAUAAAAGUGUCAACCUUUCAAAACUUUGUUCCAGCACUUCAUCUUAUUUAUCUAAUAACAAGUUCAGUAUCCAGAAUGGUGUUAGACUGGAUGAGUUGAACCAUCCAGGAGGAGGAGGAGGAGCAGGAGUUACUCAAUAUUUUCAUGUUGCUAUUGAUGGUCGUAAUUUCAAUAUCGUUCGUGAGCAAUUUCCCAAAGAAUAUUCAAGAUUGUUGGUUUCUGGGACAAUAUUUGCAAGAAUGUCUCCACUAAACAAGAAGCAGCUAGUAACUGAUCUAAUGACACUGGGCUAUGGCGUUGCAAUGUGUGGUGAUGGUGCCAAUGACUGUGGAGCAUUAAAAGCAGCUCAUGUUGGUAUAUCUCUCUCAGAUACUGAGGCUAGUGUGGCUAGUCCUUUCACUUCAAAUAUACCAAACAUCACUUGUGUGCCGGCAGCUAUCAAAGAGGGUAGAGCUGCUUUAGUGACUAGUUUUAGUGUGUUUAAGUUCAUGGCACUGUACAGCCUGACUGAGUUCACUUCUGUUGCCAUUCUUUACUCUAUGGAGUCUAACCUAGGCGAUAUUCAAUAUCUAUACGUCGACCUUGUUUUAAUAUUAAGUUUUGCGUUUGUCAUGGGUUUGACUGGCCCUUAUUCUCGAAUAGUGAAGAGGAGGCCAUUAGGAACACUGGCUGGUAUACAUGUGUUCUCUUCCAUAUUGAUACAGACUGGCCUCAUGAUAUUAGGACAGCUAGCAAUGUAUUACUAUCUUAAAUCAGAGCCUUGGUAUGUCCCAUUUGUUCCUGAUCCUGAUGGUGAGAAUAUAUCCUGCCCUGAGAACACUGUCAUCUUCACUGCCUCCAUAUUCCAAUACAUUGUGUUGGUGAUAGCUUUUAGCACAGCCGCUCCCUAUAGAAAACCAAUUUAUACUAAUGUUCUAUUUAUGUUAUCUCUUGCCGUUCUUAUCCCUGCCUGUCUCUACAUUGCUUUGGCUCCGCCUACCUGGUUGCCAUGGUUUUGGAAAUUUUUCCAAUUAGAGCCCGUUCCACAUUUUCUCUUCAGAUUGACUCUGGUUAUGAGUGCUGGUAUUCAUCUUUUAUUAGCUUAUCUCAUUGAAGGAUACUUAUUGUCUAGUAGUUUUAUCCACAAGGUCUUUCGGUUUGUUCGCUGUAAGCGAAAGCCCAAGAACCUUUACAAGCACCUCCUUCUUGAAAUAAAGAGCGACAGACAAUGGCCACCGCCUUUACCUAACGGAGUCUCGGCUCACUGCUGACCCCGCCCCCUCCCUAUUUGUAUCAUAAAAACUUUAAUUAUAUCUUUAUUAUUAUUAUUAUUAUUGUUAUUAUUAUUAUUAUUAUUAUUUGGAUGUUUAAUAUUCUUUGUGUUAAUAAUAUUUAUGACUGUAAUAAAUAUGAUUUAUGACUUUUUUAA